UCGAUGCCGGAUAGCCACCUUCCGGAGCUUGUGAGAACUAUCCGCUCAUUCGUCUGACCCGACACGCUCUACUGCUUGUAUCUCCCUAUUCUAUUCUCCCUAUUGAAACGGUUUAUUGGAGAAGAGGAACGCUCUAUCCGCGACCUACACGAUCGCUUUCUGCCGCUAACAAAGAUGUCGCCCUAUUAGUCCGAGAGUCGGGUUCAAAAUGGCAACAAACAGUGUUUGACUACCUGUGAAAUCCGCUGUAUGUUUUCGUCGUCCUUUAAGUUUUCCCCGUUUUCACUCGCCGGAAAAACAGAGUUCGGUAUGUGGACGAUUUUGGUUACGGAUUCGUGUUGAAAAAUUUGAAAUCCGAAUGUUUUAAUUCAACAUUUUGUGUUUGGAGAGUCAUUGCACCUGCUAAUUAGAGGUCUGCACAGGGAAGGGAUAAAAAGAGACUGCAUCGGGGAAGAUAGAAAGGAAAGAUGUACAGAAGGCUGAAUUAUGCUAAAAGCACCUCUCAAACCAUACCAAUUUUUCAUGGGUAGAUUGAACACCUUCCUCUUGUUUUUACUUUACUUUGGACAAACAGCUGCCUACUUCUUACUAGUUGACAACACCCUCAAACCUGGAGAUACCAUCUUCAAUUCCUCGGUAUACAGGCUCGGCUCCGAACGCCAAUAUGAGCUCAACACUAAGAAAUCAGCACCAUUUGUGGGGUCCCUGAUGAGGAUCGAUCCAGUUUCUGGCGAAUUGAAGCUGAGAGAAGUGCUGAAUUGUGAUGAAGUUUAUUACCCUAAUUUAUUCACUGUACAUAUUGAUUCGACUUCGAAAAGACUUACAGAUAUAGAUUAUUAUAGUUUGCCAAUUCGUAUAUUUAUCGUUGGAGACCACUGUGAAAAGUAUGAUGAAGAAGAUGAUGAGUAUCUUUAUGACACCUACAGGAGGAGGAGAAGAAGAAGCAUUUCACCCAAUCCUUUCAUGCACCACCUUCACCAGUCUGUAAAGAAUAGGAUAAUUGAGGCUAAGCAAUGGAUUUCAGAAACAUAUGCAUCCUUUGCGAUCCCCACCUCAGGAAGAUGGAGGAAGAUUUGUUUGAAGAAGUCCCAGUUCAUUAACUCCAUAAGAGCGUUCCUCCCGAAAACCAUCAACGACCAUUGCAACGUUACAUUUCACUAUGUGAACGACGAUAGAUUCAUGAUCGAACACAGCCAAGGGGAUCUUGUAGCUAGCAGGGAUGUCUGCCUAGUCGAGCCUAUGUGGAAAGUUACGAUCCUAUUCUCGACAUUUUGCAACGAUGUAAGGGUGAUGAAUACAGAGCAUCGACUGAAAGUUGUGUAUCAUCAUCAGGUCUUCAACGAUUCUGAUAUAGCCAGGAGAGUUCGUAGGGAGUUGAGAAACCAGUCGCCUUUUUUCGAACUCCACCUGUAUAUUGCGAGCGUCUUGGAAGAAUGCGAACCAGGUGUUGUAGUCACAACUGUCAAAGCUAGAGAUCCAGAAAACAGCCCAAUCACUUAUUCCAUGACCAGCUUGCUCGAUUCAAGAACCCAGUCCAUGUUCGACAUCGAUUCAAAAACGGGAGUGGUCACCACCAAAGUCAAACUCGACAGAGAACUAGUGGACGUACAUUAUUUCAGAGUGACGGCUACAGAUGACACCUUCCCUCCAAGAUCAGGCACCACCAUGCUUCAAAUCAACGUCUUGGACGCAAAUGACCAUUCUCCCGUGUUCGAAAUGACAGAAUACGAUGCCAGUAUCAAAGAAAGCGUUAGUAUCGGUUCCACCGUUAUUACCUUGAAGGCUACAGACCAAGAUGUCGGUAAGAACGCUGACGUAGAGUACGCCAUAGAAAGCAUCAAUGGUGGAGGAGUAUCCACCGAGGAGGAAGACAAUAAGGCUUUUAAAAUAGACGCUAAAACUGGCGUCAUAACAACCAGGACAGCGUUGGAUCGUGAAAGCACGGAGGUCUAUACUCUUUUAGUCAGCGCCACAGACUCUGCCAAUCCACAAUCAGCUAGAAAGUCAUCCACUGCCACUGUUGUCAUACAUAUUCUGGACGAUAACGAUAAUUAUCCUCAGUUUUCCGAGAAGACCUACACUGUUUCUAUUGACGAAGACAUCAAUUGGGUGUCCAAUCCUGUUAUCUUACAUAUAAAGGCAACAGAUGCGGAUCAAGGUAAUAACGCAGCCAUAAGGUAUGCCAUUACAAGCGGAAAUACCCAAUCCCAGUUCGCUAUUGACAGUUUAACCGGGGAUAUAUCCCUGGUGAAACCCUUGGACUACGAAACUAUAAGAAGCUAUCGACUAACUGUUAGGGCGCAAGAUGGGGGAAGUCCAGCCAGAUCCAAUUCCACACAGGUUUUAAUCAAUGUCAGGGAUGUGAAUGACAAUACACCUCGCUUUUACACUUCUCUGUUCCAAGAGAGUGUAUCUGAAAACGUUCCAAAAGGCUAUAGUAUAGUUAAAAUUCAGGCCUAUGACGGCGAUGAAGGACCCAACGCCGAAAUUAGGUAUACCAUGUCGGAAAGAGACGCUAGCGGAGGAAAUACUAAAGAUCUACCUAUCGCCAUAGAUGACCACACGGGUUGGAUCUACACCACGAAAGAACUCGACAGGGAGGAUAGGGCUAAGUUCAUGUUUCAGGUUUUCGCGACUGAUCAAGGAAAACCUCCCCAAUCUGCUAGCGCCAGCGUUGUCAUAACAGUUCAAGAUGUCAAUGACAACGACCCAACCUUCGAGCCCAAAAUAUACGAAGCGGUAGUAGCUGAAGACGAUCCACCGGGCACUCCUGUCACUACAGUGUCAGCAACAGAUGCCGAUGAAGACACUCGUCUUCACUACGAAUUAACCAACGGCAAUGUUCGCGGACGGUUCGCCAUUACAUCCCAAAAUGGUAGAGGAGUAAUAACUAUAGCUCAACCUCUGGAUUACAAGCAGGAGAAAAAAUAUAUCUUGACCGUUACGGCCACAGAUUCUGGUGGCAGAAGUGAUACAGCAACAGUUUAUGUCAACGUCACUGACGCCAACAAUUUUGCACCAGUUUUUGAGAACGCUCCAUACACUGCUAACGUGUUCGAAGAUGCUCCGGUUGGUACAACGGUUCUUGUAGUUUCCGCAACGGACAACGAUGUAGGAUUGAAUGCGCAAAUCACUUAUUCCCUCGCCGAGGGCCUGGGAGAUCCUUCAGUCACGGAAUUCGCUAUAAAUCCCCAAACUGGUGCCAUAACAACCACUAAACUCCUAGAUCGCGAGAUCAAAAGUGGUUAUCUCUUAACUAUAGCAGCCAAAGAUGGAGGUUCUCCCGCCCUUUCCGACACAACAGACGUUGAAAUAACCGUAACAGAUGUCAACGAUAAUUAUCCCGUUUUCAAACAGUCCUCUUAUUCUGGCAGCGUUCCCGAAGAUGCUUUAGUGGGUACAUCUGUGGUUCAGGUAUCUGCUACUGAUGCCGAUAUUGGGCUUAAUGGCAAGAUACGCUAUACACUUAGCGAGAAGGACCAGGAGGAAGGGUCUUUUGUGAUCGAUCCAACAAGUGGGGUUAUCAGAACUAACAAAGGGUUGGACAGGGAGUCUGUAGCCGUAUAUGAACUUGAGGCUUAUGCGAUAGAUAGGGGAUCGCCUACGCUGAGUAGCUCUGUGCCUGUCAUCAUCAGGAUAGAAGAUAUAAAUGAUUCUCCUCCAGCUUUCGACUCUGAUAAGAUCGUUCUCUAUAUACCAGAGAAUAGCCCAAUUGGUUCUACUGUGGGAUCCAUCCAUGCCAAAGACCCAGACGAAGGCCCAAAUGCCAUUGUGCAAUACUCUAUAAUCGGCGGUGAAGAUAGCGAAAGUUUCUCCCUCAUCACACGUCCGGGCUCCGACAAGGCAGAACUCAUCACCAUGAUAGAACUGGAUUACGAGAGUCCUAAGAAAAAAUUCGACCUAAUUGUGAGAGCGGCCAGUCCACCGCUCAGAAACGAUGCCCAUGUAGAGAUCAUAGUGACGGACGUCAAUGACAACGCACCAGUGCUUCACGAUUUUUACGUCCUUUUCAACAACUUCAAGGACUAUUUCCCCUCAGCUCCGAUCGGCAGGAUACCAGCCUUCGACGCCGACGUCUCCGACAAGCUCUACUACAGAAUACUAUCAGGGAACAACGCCAACUUGAUCGCAUUGAACGAGAGCACCGGGCAGAUACAACUGUCGCCGCAACUUAACACUAAUGUGCCUAAAAUUGCCUCGAUGGAGGUGUCCGUAUCGGACGGUCUGAAUGAUGUCAAGGCCAUCAUGCAGCUAUCCGUGGUCCUCAUAACUGAAGAGAUGCUCCUCAACUCCAUCACCGUUAGGUUGAACCAGAUGACCAAAGAAGCCUUCCUGUCGCCUUUAUUGAAUUUUUUCAUCGACGGAUUGGCUGCUAUAAUCCCUUGCCCGAAAGAGAAUAUUUUUAUAUUUAGCAUUCAGGACGAUACGGAUGUCCAAUCCAAAAUAUUGAACGUUAGUUUUUCCGUAAGAAGACCAGAUGUGCCUAGGGAAGAGUUUUAUAUGCCGCAGUUUUUACAAGAAAAAGUUUAUUUGAAUAGAGCUAUUUUGGCCAAGUUAUCAACCGUUCAGAUCCUACCCUUCGACGACAAUUUAUGUGUCAGAGAACCGUGCCUAAAUUUUGAAGACUGCCUUACCGUUCUGAAGUUUGGUAACGCUUCAGAGUUCAUCAGCAGCGACACCGUCUUGUUCAGGCCGAUCUACCCCGUAACCACGUUCACCUGUCAGUGUCCAGAAGGGUUCACAGAUUUAUCCGUUUCAGGUUCAAAGGAACAUUAUUUGUGCGAUACCGAAGUGAAUCUAUGUUAUUCCUCACCGUGCCAAAACAACGGCACUUGUAAAAUAAGGGAGGGUGGUUACACCUGUGUUUGCCCCACGAAUUACUCAGGUAAAAACUGCGAAAUUCAUACUGAAGAGCAGACAUGUAAGGCGGAGUUGUGCAAGGAUGAUCCAACGUGCAACUCAAGGAAAGCCACGAUAGACGAUAUCUGCGAAGAUUGCUCUUUGGAAAAUAAAGCGGAUUUGUACACCCCAUUUUGUGAAUUGAAAAGUAGGAGCUUUGGGAAAAAUUCUUUCCUCACUUUACCAAGUUUGAAGCAACGGCAUCGUUUGCACAUCAAAUUGGGAUUUGCUACCCAGUCUCUCAACGGCCUCUUAUUAUAUAAUGGAAGAUACAAUGAGCAUCAUGAUUUCAUUGCUUUGGAAAUAGUUAAUGGGAAGGUGCAGUUUUCUUUUUCUCUGGGGGAUAAGAGCACUCAAGCUACUGCAGCAAUUCCUGGUGGGGUUUCAGAUGGCAACUGGCACACUGUCGAAGUCCAUUACUUCAACAGGACGGUGACAUUAGCCAUCGAUGAUUGUGAUACAGCAUUAGCUCUGAAAUAUGGCGAAGAUUUAGGAGAGAGAUGGAAUUGCGCAGCAUACGCUGAACAUGAAUUGGAACCAAGAUGCGAGUCUCCAACAGAAACGUGCCAUAGAUUCCUCGAUUUGACUGGACCUUUGGAAUUGGGUGGUUUACCUUCCUUACCCUCGAUGUUUCAAACCAAGAACGUCGACUUUGAAGGAUGCAUUGCAAACUUUUAUGUCGACUACAAACUGAUUGAUCUCAACGAUUUUGUCAGUGACAAUGGAACAACAUCAGGAUGCCCAGAAAAGAAAUCUUUCUGCAAGUCACUACCUUGCCAGAACGGAGGCACCUGUAGAGACGGUUGGAAUAUGUAUCAAUGCGUGUGUCCUAGAGGCUUUGGCGGCAAAGAUUGUAGCGAAUCCAUAAGUUCACCAUGGCAUUUCAAUGGAGACGGAACGUUAUCCUUCAAUCCUUUACUUAGACCUAUUCAGUUACCCUGGUUGAACGCACUUUCCAUAAGAACACUUCAAGCAGAUACUUUCCUGAUGUCCAUACAAGUGGGACAGAACAGUUCGGCUGUAUUGUCGUUGAGAAACGGUUUGCUAGCGUAUACCUUCAACACUGAAGAGUUUGAAUUGAAAACUAAGGUCUUAUCAGAUGGACGAUGGCAUCAUAUAGAAGUUACAUGGAUAGGUACAGAAAUAAAACUUUCAGUCGACUAUGGAGAUCACAGUGUGAUUAUACCAUUCUUCGAGAAAAUCCAAGGUCUUUAUGUAGGAAAAAUCCUCAUUGGUGGCCCUGACAACAGUUACAGCAGCCUCAAUGCCGGCUAUAACUACCUGGAAGGCUGCAUUCAAGAUGUAAGGAUUGGUAACAAUCAAACAUCUCUAAGUAGACCAACAGUGAAGGAGAACGUACAAGAAGGUUGUAAUGUCCUGACUGAGUGCCAAAGUGAAUGCACCGACAACGCAGAAUGUAUAGUAGAGUGGGGAAAAUCCAGAUGUGAAUGCGAUAGGGGUUAUAUUGGGGCUCUUUGUCAACCAAUCUGCAACAUCAACCCUUGCGAAAAUGGCGCUGAAUGCGUGGAAAAUCUAGAGUUCACCAAAGGGUACCAAUGCAAGUGUAACUCCUCGGAAUAUUCUGGAGAAUACUGCGAAGAUAAAAUGGCUCAACCCUGCCCUUCGAGUUGGUGGGGAUAUCCAGUCUGUGGCCCGUGUCACUGUGACGUAGACGCCGGCUACAAUCCGGACUGUGACAAGAUGACGGGACAGUGCUACUGCAGGGAAAAUCAUUACCAGCCCAAGGGUAGCACCAAGUGCACCCCUUGCGACUGUUACCACAUAGGGUCUUACGGUUCUCAAUGCGAUCAAGAAACUGGCCAAUGUAAAUGUAGGGAAGGUGUCAUUGGUCAAAAAUGCGAUUCUUGUCCGAAUGCUUACGCCGAGGUCACUUUGAAAGGUUGCGAAGUCAUAUAUGAUGGAUGUCCAAGGAGUUCUUCGCAGUCUAUCUGGUGGCCCAGAACACUCUUUGGUGCUGAAGCUAUUGAGCCAUGCCCUAAGGGGUCCCAGGGUCGAGCUUCUAGAAAAUGUGAUAAUGAAUCGAAUGGCUGGCAAGAAGCAGACCUCUUCAACUGCACAUCCGACAAAUUCGUGCUGCUCAGGGAAGAGCUAUCCCAUUUGGAAUCUGGUUCUCUCAAUAUGAACACCUUCGUUGCCAUCAAGUUGUCUUCAGAUUUAUACAAAGCUACGAACAAGACAACACAAUUAUACGGAGCCGACGUUUUGGUAACUUUCGAUUUGUUGAAAGAACUACUGCAGUACGAAUUCAGGUUGUUUGGGCUAAAUUUGACACACAGCCAAGACAAAGACUACAUUCGGAAUAUAGUCCAUUCAGUGAACACGGUACUAGAUGCGAAGUAUGCGGAUAGUUGGCUCAGGAUUGAAAAAUUGACAAACGAACCUGUUGAUAAGUUGGUGGCUCUUAUAGAAAAAUACCUCAUGGUCUUGUCCCAAAGUCAGCAUGAUACAUACACCAGCCCUUUCGAAAUCAUAUCGCCGAACGUAGUUUUAGGAUUAGACGUAGUAACGGCGGAAUCUUUAUAUGGUUUCGAAGUCGAAUAUCCGAACGCGAACAACCAGAUGUACACAACAGAAAAAAUUGUGUUACCCGACACCUCGGACUUCUUGAAACCAAAUGUCCAAAGUCUAAGUUCGCAAGGGCCUCUUGUUUCUUUUCCAAAAUACAACAAUUACAUUCUGGAUAAGAGCAAGUUUGAUCAAAACACGAAGCUGUAUGUCCCGUUGAAACUGCUGGGAAUAGAACCUCUGAAGAGUAACGAGCUUGUCACUAAGCAUUCCCUACCCCAAGGUGGAGCAGUGGUUAGCUACGCUCAAUUCAGGGAAGCCGGUCUUCUAUUUCCCCAGAACUACGAUGCGUCAGUAGUUAGUCGAUGGGGCGUGGACAUUACGCUUGGUUCACCUUUGAUUUCUGUCCAUAUUCUUGUGCCUGAGUAUGUGGAAGCUGUUAAACCUUUACCAUUGGAUAUAUUGAAGUUCCAAGAUUUCAAACAGCCAGAUGUAGUUCAGGAUGAACGAGAGUGGUUCAAGAAAAUGCCCGAAGAUGGCACCAUGAAGAUUCACAAAAACGAUCCCCAGUUCUUGGUUUACAACAUUCGAAAGAGGAGAGAUGAUAUGUCAACAAAGAGACUUCUAUAUAAAAGUCUUUCAGGAACACAGCUGAAACAACCGAUACGUUUACAGAUCUGGCUCAAUUCCAGCCAUACCAUCUUCAAUGAAAGAUCGAAUCCACAGUGCGUGCAUUGGUCGACAGCUAGAGGUAUUGGAGAAUGGUCUAGGGUUGGAUGCAGAACUGAGUUGUCGGAAAACUGGUUUGAUGUAGAGGAAGGCUCACCAUUGAUGAUUAACUGUACUUGUAAUCAUCUGGGAACAUUCGCUAUCUUGGUAGACGUCGUUGAUUUGGAGUAUAUACCAGAACCCUCAUUGUUGGAAGAUGUGACCAGUUACAGCUGCUUCAGCAUCUCCUUACCACUUCUUUUAGCCACCUACUUGAUUCUCGCACUGAUUCGUGGAGUACAAACGAAUUCGAACGUUAUACGGAAGAACUUGGUUUUUUGCGUGUUUCUAGUAGAAUUACUGUACUUUGUGGCUUUGAAAGCAAGAAAAUCUUUAGUCCACAAUGAGAUCUGUUGCAAAUUGAUAGCCAUAAGUCUUCAUUACCUUUGGUUGACAUCUUUCUCGUGGAUGCUUGUGGAUGCAAUACAUUUAUACAGGAUGUUAACGGAAAUGAGAGAUAUAAAUCAUGGCCCAAUGCGUUUUUACUAUUGCAUGGGUUACGUUAUGUCAGCUGUCAUUGUCAGUUUGGCUGUUGGAGUUAGAGCUCACCAAUACGGAAAUUUCUAUUUCUGCUGGAUGUCUCUUUAUGAAAGCAUUAUCUGGAGCAUGGUUGGGCCUAUUUGCAUAAUGGUGUUUGUGAAUUUUAUCAUUCUUGCUCUCUGCAUCAGAGCUGCGUUCACUAUCCAGGAUCACAUACUGGGCUUCGGCAAUUUGAGAACGUUGCUGUGGGUGUCUGUGAUAGCUUUACCUCUUAUGGGAUCAACUUGGGUGUUGGCCUUGAUGGCAGCAUCAGAACGUCAUCCCUUUUUCACUCCGGCGUUAUCUGCUGCUGUUUUGAUCCACGCUGCCUUCUCCUUAGCAGGAUACUGUUUCGCCAACGAGCGUGUUAGAGAGAAUCUUUUAAGAUCGCUGAUGAGAUGUAUGGGAAAGAAAGUGCCUUUGUUGGAAACCAAUUCUGUUGGAGGAAUGCCCAGCACCAGUAGUCAGAAUAUUAACAUACAAUCUAGAUCCGCUCUUGCUUAUCAUUCGGGGUUGGACCAAAGAAGAAAUAUGGGUAUUUCGAACUCUAGCACAACAUCUAGAUCAACGACGAAAACAGGUUCCAGUCCUUACAGGAGUGAUACUCACUUGAGACAUACUUCAACCAGCACCUCAAAUUACAAUUCCACCAGUGACGUCCCGUCAUAUAUGAGAGGCUACGACACUGGACUCCACAAACAUAGAGAAUUACCAGAAGAGACGGAAGAUAGAGGUAGAGAGAGAAGGAGAGACAGCGAUAGCGAUUCAGAUGGUUCUGAAGGCAGAAGCUUGGACUUAGCGUCCAGUCACUCAAGUGACGAUGACGAAUCUAGUAAUAGACGACAUAAAAUGAGAGGAAUAGACAACAGACAAGGCUAUUUGCCGAAUAUAACCGAAAACGUAGCAUCCAGGUGUGGUAGUCCACCAUCUCUGAACGUUGUGACUAAUUCACAACUGUUCCCUUCUGUGCCGCCGAAUUAUGGAUCAAGAUGGACUAGUCACGUCCCAGAAAGCUAUUUGCAUAGUCCAAAUAUUCCUGAAGUUGGUCGUUGGUCUGCCGAAACGGGGUCCGAUAACGAGAUGUGUCAUAAGACUAGUUCACCAAACCCCCUACCUAAUCCCAAUGUUCCUUCUGACACAUGUAUACAGCACUUACAGAGUGAAAACUAUGUGGUUCGGCCACAUUAUGAUAACCAUUACAAUCCGAAGAACCAGGCUUACAAGAGCAGUUACGUCCCCAAAAUGAUGCCACACGAAAAUAUGAACUACCAGGACUACAAUGAGCGGAUGUCAGAUAUAGAGGAAAAACAUCAGAUGAAUGACAAAUAUCUAUUUCCUUACACAGAAAACAUGUCAGAAGCCGAAGAAGACCACGCCCCUAUGCACAACAUAUAUCCCACGCAUCAGACAGGCCACCAUGAUGCCAACAAUCCUUGUAUGGAUUAUCACGGAUCUGCAAUGGGUUCUCGCAUUGGAUCGGUGUUGGGUUCUUUUCAUGGAUCGUUAGGAGGUAGUGUGAGAAGUUCGCCGUCUCCCCUGAUGCCUCCUGUAUCUAUGAUGCACGCCGGACACCAUCCAGAUCCUCAUCACUGGUGUUGGGAAUAUGAAUGAAUUAACAACUAGAACUGUAAUGGAAAGCAGAUGACAACGAAGAAACUUCAGUUUGAAUGCUUAGGUUUUAAGAAUAUAAUGAAUGUACAAAUUGGAUAAGGAUAUUUAUUGUCGAUACUCAGCUUAGCGACUAUGUAUAGAGCUUUUAAAGAAAAUUACUGGGUCAUUCUUUCUUAACAUUAUACGGAAAGCUACAAAAAAUGGUUUCAUUAAAUCAACUUUUUUAGUGUUCUAUCCGGGAUGAUGAGAAAAUCUAAAAUAUUUUAUUUUCGUCACUGUAAUAUACAUCAGCUUCGAAGAUAUUUGAGCUUUCAGACAAAUAUUCUCUAUCCGUGAUGAUCAUGAAGACGGCGAUAGCGUCAUCACACAUUGAAAAUGAAUUUAAUGAAAAUAUCUUUUGUAUAAUUUAUAGUAAGGUUAAAAGAAAAUGACCUUGUAUAAACAUUGAAGUUUUAGAAAUUUGGAAACGAUUUUCUUUCUAGACAAAGUUAUUUAUGAUACUGUUUUAUUUUGUGAUAUUUUAUUUAAAAUACUUACUCCAUGAACAUUUUUUUAAUGUGGAAUUGUUCGCUGUAUCUAUUUUCCUUAUACGUAUUUGUCGUUUCCUCAAUUUUAUCUGUGCUUUAAUUUAUACAGUGAAUCACUGGAUACUGUGAUUUUUAGGUACUUAAUUUUGUUGAUCAUAGUUUCUAUAGUAACUAAGUAAGUGAAUGCUCUCUUUUUGGAUUCAAAAAUACCUGCAGUGCCCAACUAGAGAUAAGUAAAUCUGAUAUUUAAAGUGUGGAACGAUUAAUUAGUUCUCUAAUACCUUCGAGUGUGAAUUCUCAGAUCAAAAACCGAAGUGCUCAAAUAUACAGAGAGCUGGCGAAUUUUUCGUUACAUAGUAAUGUUGAUGUUAUAUUGAUAAUAAAAAACCGAUACAUACAACUUUUCGAUUGGCUCCAAAUAGUGUUAAUAGUAAUGUUGAAGAUGCUCUAUCAUACAGCCAAAGAUAGAGCAUCAGAUGCCUUUCUCUUCACCAGAUAUUCUUUCGUACAAUCAAAAUGAAUUUAAAGACUGCAACCAACUGGAACAAUCCGAAAAUGUCGAAUUUAUUUGUACACUGCAUGAAUUUACACCUAGGAUAACGCCAUUCGAUGUAUUUUAUUAUAGCAAGUAAGUUCAUAUUAUAUUUAUAAAAUGAUGAUAGGUUCUUAAGCCAUCAGAGGAAAAGACUAAAUUAUUUUUUAAGCUGUGUAACGUUUUAGGUUGCUCAAAACGAAAUAUUUUUUCAUGAAUUUUGUAUGGAAAAGUGUGCCUAAUAGCUUUAUAUUCGUUUUUGUAUGGAUGAUUAGGUAAUUUAGCCACGAGAUCUCAAAGUUUAGGUAGUUUUUGAAAAAAAUUGGUCUUUCUUCCUGUAGGUUAUGUUAUAACGUUAGGUUAUGUUGUGACCGUACUAUUUAUUUUACAGUUUUUAUUUUCAUGUGUGCAAUCGAAUAUUCCAUUUUAUCAGCUGAAUUUUAUAAUUGUAAUGAAAUAUAUUCUCACUAUAUUU